UUGCAUAAUUUUAAAUUAGACAACAAAGAUGGCCCCAAGACUCAAUCAUUUUGAUCCUGAUAUAGCAAUAUAUACAUCAACAACUACCUUAAAAUUGCUCAUAAAGUUGGAAUUUGUCCCUAAACGCCCCAUUUUACGGUAUGUCAAUUUGAAGGUUACCAGUAAAGUAACCAAUAUAUUAAUCUGUGAGGGUAGUGUAUAAUCUAUGAGGUUACCUUUGCUUGCUAGGAAAGGAGCUCCAUAAAUAAUUUAUUAGAAAAUAUAUAUAUUUAACAAACGUUUUUAUCAAAUUCAAACAUGUCCUUUCUUAGCAGGAAUAUUUUUCGAGCUGUUAUGCAGGGAUCUCAACAUGUUGGAAAGGGUGUACACACAAGUUCGGUAACAACGGAGAAAAAUCAACCGAGGGCAACAAAGGAAGGUCGUAUCAAAUGCACCUUGAUUCCUGGGGACGGUGUAGGUCCUGAGCUUGUCUACGCUGUACAAGAAGUUUUCAAGGCGGCCAGCAUUCCAGUGGACUUUGAAUCCUUUUUCUUUUCUGAAGUGAAUCCAACACUUAGUGCACCACUCGAAGACGUCGUAAACUCUAUCGCUGUUAACAAGAUUUGUAUCAAGGGUAUCUUAGCCACUCCUGACUUCUCUCACACUGGCGAGCUACAGACCCUAAACAUGAAGCUCCGUAAUGCCCUGGAUCUUUACGCUAACGUGGUGCACGUGAAGUCAUUGCCCAACGUGAAGUGCAGGCACCAGGACGUGGACUGCAUCAUCAUCAGAGAACAGACCGAAGGAGAGUACUCAGCUUUGGAACAUGAAUCCGUUCCCGGCGUGGUGGAGUGUUUGAAGAUCAUCACCGCAGCGAAAUCCGAGCGUAUCGCGAAAUUCGCUUUCGACUACGCCGUGAAGAUGGGCCGCAAGAAGGUCACGGCUGUCCACAAGGCCAACAUCAUGAAGCUGGGCGACGGACUGUUCCUACGCAGCUGCGAGGAGAUGGCCAAAUUGUACCCUCGCAUCCAGUUCGAGAAGAUGAUCGUGGACAACUGCACGAUGCAGAUGGUGUCCAACCCGAACCAGUUCGACGUGAUGGUGACUCCGAACCUGUACGGGAACAUCGUGGACAACCUGGCCAGCGGGCUGGUGGGCGGCGCCGGCGUGGUCGCGGGGGCCUCCUACAGCGCUGACUGCGCGGUCUUCGAACAGGGAGCAAGACACAUCUUCUCCGGCGCCGUGGGCAAGAACAUCGCGAACCCGACCGCCAUGCUGCUCUGCUCCGCCAAUCUCCUGGCGCACGUCAACCUGCCGCAGUACUCGAAGAUGAUCAAGAACGCCAUCAAUAAAGUUCUGAAAGACGCCAAAGUGCGAACAAAAGAUCUUGGCGGUCAGUCCACCACCAAAGACUUCACAAACGCGGUCAUUCACAGCCUCUCCUAAAAGUUGUCUGGAAAAUUAUUUUAGUCUCUUUUGACACUCGCGCGUGUCGCUACUAACAUAAAAAUGUUGUGUAACAUUGAUAGAAGAAAAUUAUUAAAUUUUUAUUUUUGUUUUAGUAGAAAAAUCAUAUUUGAACGAACUAACAAUCUACAUCGUGCGUUCUAAUGUUGUAAAAUAAAUUAAUCAAAUGUUAAGUUGUUUUAAGUAAUAAUCUCUACUCGAGGUCCCGCAAUAGUCGAAAUUCGACUAAAAUUAAUUGGAAGUGUAAGUUUGUACUCUAUUAUGAUUGUAUUUUAUACUUCUAUAAUCACAAAUUUCGCCAAGACUACGCAAUAAAAAAAAUUAACAAGGACAAACCAUAUUCUAUUCUCAAUUUGACAACAGACGUCAAGAACAAAAGUUUGACAAUAAAUAGUAUGCAUGCGUGUGUGCGUCAAAUACACGGUAUGUAGUGUGUAUAAUGUUUUCUUUAUUGAUUUAAUGUAUCUUUUAUGCAUUAUUUUAAAAAAAUAUUGGCAUCGUGCACUUCUUCUCUAUACUCUCUAUAAGUGUGGAAAAUUUCAUACUCCUCCGUCAGCGCAAUUUUCGUAAAAAGGGAUACAAAGUUUUUGCUUCACGUAUUAAUAUAUAGAUUAUUCAUAAAAAGUUCUAUACAUUUAUUUGUGUUAAUAGCGACAUCUAGCGAAGAUUUAUGUAUCAAUUGGACUAAAUUGAGCGCCAUUUAAAGAAUUAUUUCUACUUAAAAUAUUGAUCUGGUGUAUAGGUUACAAAUUUAAUAAAUAGUAACCAAUUCAAUUCAGUAUUUCUCAAUUUAUUUAUUUUAAUAUAUUAUAUAAAAAUUAGUUACCGAUGUAAAUAAUGAAAAUAAAACAGUUAAAUUGUUAAA